CCGCUCUAGUCGGGUUUCCGCUUCUCUUCUGCUCACGCCUCUUGCCCACUUCCGGCUUCCGGCGAAGCCUUUCUUUCCGAGCUGCCGACGCCGCCGGCAAGAUGGUGAACGUUCCCAAAACCCGCCGGACGUACUGCAAGAAAUGUGGCAAGCACCAGCCCCACAAAGUGACUCAGUACAAGAAGGGCAAAGAGUCUCUGUAUGCACAGGGAAAGCGUCGAUAUGACCGCAAGCAAAGCGGAUACGGUGGUCAGACGAAGCCUAUCUUCCGCAAGAAGGCAAAGACUACGAAGAAGAUUGUGCUGAGGCUGGAGUGUGUGGAGCCCAACUGCCGGUCCAAGAGGAUGCUGGCCAUUAAGAGGUGCAAGCACUUCGAGUUGGGAGGAGACAAGAAGAGAAAGGGCCAGGUCAUCCAGUUCUAAACAUUCAUUUUUGCUCUUUGUCAUGAAUCACAAUAAAAUAACAACCUAUUGCAGA